AUGGUCGUAAACACCUCGGAUACAUCUUCCAGGGCUUCAGUCUCGUACAUCGAGACCUAUCCCUUCCCCGCCUUCAUCCUCACGACUCAACACGCUCAUGCAGGCCCAUCGCAAAGUCGCAUAGGAUGGAAGAAUAAUAAGUGGGAUCAGUGGAGUGGGGGCGAAACUUUAGAGGAGCUCAUGCAGUCAGAAACACUAGAACAGUUCGAGCAAUGGGUAUCAGCAGAUGAAGAGGACACGGUAUUUCCUCUCAAGGCGAGGCAAAAACAUCUCAACCUAAUCAAGACGAUAGUACCAAGAGAGGAUGAUCUCAAUUCACUCUGCGUGAUCACUUCCCUCCCUUCAGACUUCAAAAUUGCGUCUAUACACCCUGUGGCGCCUGAUGCACCGGCCUUAAUUCAAUCUACACCUCUAUUCGACCCUGAAGCUCAACAUGAGCCAACCUACCUUUCGUUGGACAACAACGGAUCUUCCGAGGUCCUACCUCCUUCUCUCGGCUGUAAAUCUCUGCUCGAACGGACAGACUGGUCCAAAACACGACUGGGACCCAGAGAGAAGUGGUCUUCAGUGAUAGAAAUGAUGAUAGAAGUGGUACUUAGAUCUCCCACUCAAGAUGCCUUGUGGUUAGGCGAUGAUUUCCAGAUGAUAUACCUGUUUAACCCUACACGAGACACCACUGCAUCAGUCCUCGCUCGAAGAAGACAAGAGACCAUGCGUGAUUUAUCGGAACAACUCCUCACCGCCAGAACCACCAACGAAUUUUACAACGGCAUUGUCGAAGUGCUCGAGCAGAACCCCAAAGACGUCCCUUUCCUUAUGUGCUACAGCGUCGAGGAUGGGUCCGAGCCUAAUCAUGUCAGUCUCCAUCUAGAAUCGUCGAUAGGUAUCCCCGAGGGUCACCAUGCCGCACCAAUGGACCUUGACCUGCCUCUAUCCGCUGAUCGCUUCUCCCGAGCUUCAUUCGGUAUGAAAGGGAAUCAAUUGUCUUCACCAACUUUAUCCGCAAUCUCAGCUCUGUCAUCUGGUGCAGGUCGUAUGCGAUACAGCUACGAUAAACAAUCUUGGCCAAUUGCGCAAGCCAUAUCCACUCGUCAAGCCGUUGUAGUAGACGAUUGUACCGACUUAAUCAAAGGUUUCCCGCUUCGCGAAUGGGAGGCACUGCCCGAAUCAGCCAUCAUCGUACCUAUAUCUAGUGAAAGUUCGGUAGAGACUCCUCAGGCGGUGGUCAUAAUCGGACUAAACAUCGCCUCUCCCCUCGACUCGGUUUAUGAAGAUUGGAUCCAUGUGUUGCGGGCUCACCUCACCACGUCUUUGGGUACAGUCCGAGCAGCUGAAGCAGAAAUCAAUAGACAGAUAGAAAGAGAUAGAAUGGAAAGAGCCAAAACAGCCUGGUUCCAAGGUGCAGCACAUGAUCUGAGAUCACCUUUGACUCUGGUAGCUGGACCUCUGGACGAUGUGCUUCGUACAACUCUCUCAUCAGGUCAACGUACCGCUCUGUCCCUUGCUCAGCGUAAUCUUGCCAGAGUACAACGACUAGUCAAUGCUUUACUCGACUUCUCACGUAUAGAAGCGGGUAAACUUACCGGUCGGUUCAUGCCAUUGGAUCUGGGUACAUUUGUCAAAGAUCUAGCUAUGAUGUUCAAACCAGCUGUUGAAAGGAGAAAGAUAGACUACAAGAUCCAGAUUGAACCCCACGAAGGGAUGGUAUUUGUCGACCCAACUCUACUCGAGACUGUAGUAACCAACCUAAUCAGUAACGCACUUAAGUAUACCGAAAAAGGGGUCAUUACUAUUGAUUUAAAGUACUACCUCACCCACGCCGACAUCGCCAUCAUCGACACGGGUAUUGGUAUACCAGCUGCAGAGUUAUCCGCUGUAACAGACCGUUUCCAUCGAGCCACCACCGCUCUGUCUCGUGGAACAGAAGGUACGGGUAUCGGCCUUGCGCUUUCCAAAGAGAUCGUACGUUUGCACGGGGGAGACUUAUUCAUUACCAGUCAAACAGCCGAGGAAAGUGGUGGACCACAUGGAUCAACGUUUACAGCGAGGAUACCCCUCAUCGAACGGCAAGUAGUUCAAGAUAGCCUCGCACGAACCGACUUUGGUGCAUAUGGCAAAGCAGUGGUGGACGAAGCGAUGCAUUGGAUAUCACCCAGUGACGCCGACCUCGAAUCGAUUGGCUCAGAGAACAACGAAUCGACUUCGACCCGUGCAGAAGGAUAUCUGUUCGAUCGCAAUGAUGUGUUACUUCUCGUCGACGAUAAUCCCGAUAUGCGACAUUACGUCAAGAAUAUAUUCUCUCCAUAUUGUAGAGUCAUCGAAGCGGUCAAUGGGAAACAAGCUCUCGAAUUGGCCCAAAAGACCCCACCUCAUUUGAUCCUAUCCGACCUGAUGAUGCCUAUAAUGAAUGGUCAGGAACUGCUCACAGCGAUUAGGUCGGAUCCUCAAACCCGGAUGAUCCCCAUGGUUCUGCUUAGUGCAGCUACAGAUGACGAGUUACGACUGGCUGCUUUCGUUGAGGGCGCGGAAGAUUUUAUGCUCAAACCGUUCAAGCCGAAAGAACUUCUCGCUCGGGUCCACCUGCACAUGCAAAUAGGAAAGAAACGUGCCCACCUGGAGAUGCUGUACGCUCAGCGGCAACAAGAAAUUGACGUGAUAUUAGACUACUGUCCCUCUGGUAUAGUCCGAGCCGAUGCAACAGGAAAGAUCAUCUAUGGCAAUGACACAUACCGAGCUUACACGGGUAUCCCACAUGAUGUAGACCUCAACAACUGGGCUGAGUACGUCGAUGACAGCAUCAGAGAUGACUUGGAGUUCAAAUGGAAUCAGGUGGUACAUGGCGAUGAGCGGGAAACAACCGAAACGUGGAAAUGGUCCAAUGGAACUUCGGUAUCUGGUACUUUCAUUCGUCUAGACAAAAUCGACUCCAGUUUAUCUGGUGUGCUGGGAUGUCUAUCUGAUGUCAGUUAUCAAGAGGAAAAGUUGCUCGAAGCGGAGAGAAGAAGGAUAGAAGCGGAAGAGUCGAAGCAGCAGCAAGAGCUAUUGGUCGAUCUUACAUCGCAUGAGAUUAGAACCCCGGUUUCUGCGAUAUUACAAUGUUCCUCUCUGGUUAAGGAGAAUCUGACGGCGUUGCAGGACCAGCUGCGUGCUGUAGGACCAAAUGGCUUUAAGGCAACUCCAGAGCUGCUUGCGGAGAUUGACGAGGAUCUUGAGGCUUUAGAUAAUCGUGCAGGAAUCGCUUCCAUCAAGACCGAUCAUGUCAGACUGCACCAGGUGGCGACCAACCUCAUAUCCAAUGCUAUCCGAUUCACAGCUUCCAGUAAAACCAGGAUCAUUACGGUGAAAUACGAGAUCGCCUUUGCACCGCCUGCAGAUGAUACUUGCGCUCCAUCUUCAACCGAGGAAACAGCGAUUACUUUGCCUGUGGAAGAGGACACGAAGGUUUGGCUGUUCGUAGCUAUAAAAGAUACUGGACCUGGAUUGGGCCCAACCGAACAAGCAGGAUUAUUCCAGAGAUUCUCUCGUGAGUGA